AUGGCUCUACUGGGAAAACAGCUAUGGAGGAUUCAGACGAGACCAGAUCUUCUAAUGAGCAGAAUAAUGAAGGCAAGAUAUUUUCUUGGGAAGUCUAUUUGGGAGGCACAGCAGAGAGGGAAGGAUUCUUGGUGCUGGAAGAGUUUACUGAGUGCUAAAGGUUUACUGGAAGAGGGGAUGAGAAUAAGGGUGGGGGAUGGUGCAACAAUUAAAAUUUGGGAAGAUAGAUGGCUGCCUGCUUCUGAGGAUGGGAGAAUAAGAUCCCAGAGGAAGCCAGGUAGUAAUAUUCAAAGGGAAUUUGAGGAAACUGACAGAAUUCAUAUAGCAAGGAUACCUUUAAGCCUGGGGAAGGAGCAAGAUAGGGUAUAUUGGGCAAAAACUAAUUCUGGUGCUUAUACUGUCCAGUCUGGUUACAAACAAGCAAAAGAGAUGAAGAAAGGGAAUGGCUACUGCAAAGAAGUGCUAGAAUCAAGUAGUCAUGGGAGACAUAAGUCUCAGUGCUGGAACUUACUUUGGAAGAUGAACAUGAAGAACAAGCUCAAACACUUCAUUUGGAAGUGUCUACAGGGAAUCGUACCGACAAAUGCUGUGAUAAGGGGGAAAUGUGAUAAAGGUGAUCCUAUUUGUAGGUGCUGUGGUGAGCAAGCUGAGACACUAGAACAUAUGUUUUUUACAUGUAGCUUAGCUAAAGCAAUAUGGAAAGUUGCUCCACUGAGUUGGGAUGGAUUGGAGGUUUUUACCAACAGCUUCUGGCAUUGGUGGGAAGAACUUAGAGGGGCUAUGGGUAGGGAGAGUGGAAGAGACCACAUUGUUCUCACUGUGCAUAUUUUGUGGCAAAUCUGGAAGGCUAGGAAUGACAAGCUUUUCAACAAUAUUAGUAGAGAUCCAAUGGCGGUUGUUAACAAGGCAGCCUGCAAAGCUGGAUGGGGCAUUGUGGCAAGGGAUAGGAAUGGGAUGCUGGUAGGAGCCUGGGCAUGUCCAGCUACAAAUUGUGCAGAAGCACAAGUUGAGGAAGCUUUGGCGAUUAGGGAGGCAAUGGUGGUAGCUAAACGUAAAGGGUGGAGGAUGGUGGAAUUUGAAUCAAAUUGUAAGAUGGUAGUCGACAAAAUCAAUGCACAGGAGGAGGAGAUUAGCAUAGCUACUAUACUGGUAGACAUAUGGCGGUUAAAAACUGAAUUUUAUAAAUAUUGUUUUUCCUUCACUAGGAGGUCUAACAACUCUGUUAGUCACCACAUAGCAAAGUAUGCUAUAGGCUUGGUAGAUGUAGCUGAAUGGAAGUGUGACUUCCCAGCAUGGCUGCUAGAGCUAGCUCAAGCAGAUUUGGAGGAGCGAAGGCUCUAA